CCCGCCUCGGCCACCCCCGCGGCGCCCGUCGCCUUUCUCCAGCCGCAGCGCAGCGCACAGCUGGGAGAAAAGAUGUUGGCGGUGAUGACCCGGCAGCCCUGCGAGCAAGCAGGCUUCAGGGUCCUCUCCCGAACACCAGCCAUCAUCACCUUGGUGGUCCUGCUGGCGAGCGUUGUGGUGCUCGUGACCAUCACACUCAUCCAGAUCCACCACCCUGAGGUCCUCCCUCCAGGACUGAAGUAUGGGAUCGUGUUGGAUGCCGGGUCCUCCAGAACCACCGUCUACGUGUAUCAGUGGCCAGCAGAGAAGGAGAAUAAUACAGGAGUGGUCAGCCAAACCUUCAAGUGCCGCGUGAAAGGCUCUGGGAUCUCCAGCUAUGAGAAAAACCCUCAAGAUGUCCCCAAAGCCUUUGAGGAUUGCAUGGUCAAAGUGAAGGAGCAGGUUCCCACGCACCUGCACCGAUCCACUCGCAUUUACCUGGGAGCCACGGCUGGGAUGCGUCUGCUGAGGUUGCAAAAUGAAACAGCAGCUAAUGAAGUCCUUGCGAGCAUCCAAAGCUACUUCAAGUCCCAGCCUUUUGAUUUUAGGGGUGCUCAAAUCAUUUCUGGGCAAGAGGAAGGGGUGUAUGGAUGGAUUACAGCCAACUAUAUAAUGGGAAACUUCCUGGAGAAAAACCUGUGGCACACGUGGGUGCAUCCACGCGGCGUGGAGACCACGGGAGCCCUGGACUUAGGAGGCGCCUCCACCCAGAUCUCCUUCGUGGCAGGAGAGAAGGCAGGGCUAAACGACAGCGACAUCGUGGAGGUGACUCUGUAUGGCUAUGGGUACACACUCUACACACACAGCUUCCAGUGCUACGGCCGGAAUGAGGCCGAGAAGAAGUUUCUGGCAGCACUUCUGCAGGGCUCUCCCACUGAAGCCACCGUCAGCAACCCCUGCUACCCUCAGAACUACAGUGCCGCCUUCACCUUGGGCCACGUGUUUGGCAGCCUAUGCACCGAAAAACAGAGGCCAGAAAGUUACAGCCCCAACGACAUCGUGACCUUUACAGGAACCGGCGACCCCUGGCUGUGCAGGGAGAAGGUGGCUUCCAUAUUUGACUUCAAAGCUUGCCAGGACCGAGAAGCUUGUUCCUUUGAUGGGGUUUACCAACCUAAGGUUCAAGGGCCGUUUGUGGCUUUUGCAGGGUUCUACUACACAGCCAGUGCCUUCAACCUGUCGGGGAGUUUCUCGCUGAGUGCCUUCAACUCCAGCAGCUGGGAUUUCUGCCAACGCACUUGGAGUGAGCUCCCAUCUCUGCUCCCCAAGUUUGAUGAGGUGUAUGCCCGCUCCUACUGCUUCUCAGCUCACUACAUUUACCACCUGCUCGUGAAUGGGUACAAGUUCACAGAGGAGACUUGGCCUCAAAUACGUUUUGAGAAAGAAGUGGGGAACAGCAGCAUUUCCUGGUCCCUCGGCUACAUGCUCAGCCUGACCAACCAGAUCCCAGCUGGAAGCCCCCUGGUCCGCCUGCCCAUACAACCACCCGCCUUUGUGGGCAUCCUGGCCUUCUUUACCUCAACUGCGUUGCUGUGCCUGGCACUUCUUUUGUACCUGUGCUCUCAGUCCAGGACAAAGGAACGCUCCGAGCAUGCCUUCGACCACACGGUGGACUCCGAGUGACAUUUCCAAGAAGGUCCUGGAGUCCGUGGCUGGCUGCCUGCAACCCGCCUGGGUGGCACCAGGCAGUCAAGGAAGGUGGCCACCUUCAGGGAUGCGCUACAGUGAAAUACCCAGGUGGUAUGCCUCUCAGGUACUGAUUCCUGCCAAAACACCUCUUGGGGUGUCCCUCGAUGUCCUUGUACAGCCUGAUCCUCCAGACACCUCCCACCUCUGAUGUACUAGGGACUGAGGAAAGACAGACUGGUAUCAAGGAAGGUCAGGGCUCUCAUCCUACACCCACCCCCAGAGGAAGUUGAGAAUAUAAUAAUUGAACGUGGAAAACUCAACCUCAACAUCCUCCUAACAAGACGCUCAGUAAGCUCGGAUAUCUCACUUUAUGGCUUUUCCUGUUGGUGUUUAAGAAGACUUUCUUUCAGCAGUCCCAUAAGCCCCACUGGUAUUGCACCCCCUCACACUGGUAGCAUGCAGUACCGAGGGGAGACGACUCCUUUGUGUUUUGUUUGAUUUAGAUACAGAGAGAGAAAGAAAGAGGAAAGACAGAGAAUUGGAGAGAGAGAGAAUUGACACACCAGGGCCUCAGCCACUGACAUCAAACUCCAGAUGCU